AUAUUUUUUUUUCCCUCAAGCUUCUUUCUCUUUUUAGACUCUAUAGGUGGGACAUUUCCAGCAUCAUCUCAUCGAUGCCAUCACAAGCAAAAGCACUGUAUGCCGAUGCCACAAUGUGGCAGACUAGUCAUCAGCCCUCUCCUUUUCCAUCCCCAUGCCAAGGGGUCCCAGAUUAUGAUGGACAACACACAGAAAGCAGUAAAGAGGCAAGCAAGCUUCUGCAACGCUAUCACUUUCAGCAACAGGCCGGUGGUUAUCCAUGAACAAGUCCGCCUUAAAAUAACCAAAAAACAAUGCUGUUGGAGUGGCGCUCUCAGGCUUGGAUUCACUUCCAAAGAUCCAUCACGGAUUAAUCCUGACACAUUACCCAAGUAUGCCUGUCCUGACCUCGUCUCUCAAAGUGGAUUCUGGGCCAAGGCAUUACCUGAAGAGUUUGCGAAUGAAGGAAACAUCAUAGCCUUCUGGGUAGAUAAAAAGGGUCGAGUGUUUUAUCGGGUUAAUGAUUCUGGAGCAAUGCUGUUCUUCAGUGGAGUUCGGACUACAGAACCCCUCUGGGCUUUAAUUGAUGUUUAUGGGCUCACACGAGGUGUGGAGCUACUAGAUAGUGAGAUCAUCUCUGCAGAUUGUGUACGGCCAAGAUCAUUUACUGCAAUACCUCGGCCAUCUCUAAGAAGAGAAGCAGACGAUACCCGCUUGUCUGUCAGCCUGUGCGACCUGAACUUGCAAGAAGAAAACUUUCAGUCCAUGUCCACCAUGUGCCCUAUCCCACAAAACUCACUCAACUCUCAACAUUCCCACCUGCUCCCAUCUCAACUGGAGAGUGAUCUACGAUUCCAUCAGCUCAGAGGGGCUCACAUCAAAACAUUGGAUGAUCAAACUGUGGCCAGGCUGGAGCAUGCUCGAGAGGAGCGAACUUUAGUGUUCACCAACAGACCACUUCGAAUUAAUGAAACCAUAUUUGUCAAGAUAAACAAAUCCAACUCUUCACGGUCUGGGACUUUGUCUUAUGGUGUGACAUCUUGUGAUCCCAGCACUUUGAGACCAAGUGACCUUCCUUAUAAUCCAGAGUCUUUGGUUGACAGAAAGGAGUUCUGGGCUGUAUGUAGGGUUCUGGUUCCUCUUCAGAGUGGGGACAUCUUGGGGUUUGUGAUAAAUACAGAAGGUGAACUACAUUUAAGUCACAAUGGCAGUAGCAGUGGAAUGCAAGUCUGUGUGGACUGUUCUCAACCUUUGUGGAUGUUUUUUCGGUCUUCAUGGGGCCAUUAUGCAAAUACGCAUAUUGGGCUCCACAAUAUCAUCUGACCAUCGAGACAUAUCAACACCAAGUUCUCCAUCAUCUGUUCCAAACACCCCAACAGCCCUGUGCAGUGGCAGCUCCGACCCUGUGUUGAACACAUGUGUGCCAGGGCCCCUUUGUAAUUCCAUAAGUGGUACAGCUCCAAACUCACCAGUGAGCAUGCCAGAGUCACCCAUCUCACCAUCUGUCUCAGGAACCUGGAACGACGAGUGUACCAUCUGCUAUGAAAACAUGGUGGACACGGUCAUAUACUCCUGCGGACACAUGUGUCUCUGCUAUACAUGUGGCCUGAAACUCAAGAAAAUGAACAAUGCCUGUUGUCCCAUCUGCAGACGUCUCAUCAAGGAUAUUAUAAAAACCUACCGCAGUAGUUAG